AUCAAUUCUUGACAUUCAAGAUUUAAUUCUGAUACUUACGAUACCUUAUAAAAAACAACAAUGAAUAUUCUGAAUAAACAUAUACAUACAAGACAAAUAAUUCCUUUCUUUCCUGUAUUGGAAUUCAAUGACGAUGUUGUAGAUAUACCUACAAAAAAUCCAAGCAUAUCUGGCUGGGAUAUCAUUUUUCUUGUGUCUUCGAUCAUUAUGCACAUAGUGGACAUGGGUUUCGACAUAAAUCUCAUUGUAAGAUAUUUAUUAGCCGGUAAAACAAUGUAUUUUGUGUGGACAACUAUUGUUGUAUUUCUGCCUUCGUUCAUAAAUGUUAUAAUUAGUAGAAGAAUGCAACGUCAAGAUGACAAGAUAAAUACAACAGAAAAUCAGUCUGAAUCUAGCUGUAUACAUACGAUGUUAACACAAAAGUUGUAUUGCAUUAUAGUAGUUGCAUUUCAAUUAGCACCUGUAAUUCGUUAUUAUCGAAUAUUAAUUCAUACUUGGAAGGCUUACAAGUCUCAGAAAGAUGAAGAUAAAAAUGCUCAAAGGCGACAUUACCUCAAGAUGCUCAAAGAAGAUCAAGAUGUAGCUUUGUUGAGAGUAUUUGAAUGCUUUCUUGAAGCAGCUCCCCAACAAGUUUUGCAAUUAACUAUAUUAUUGAAGGACUACCACAACAAUAUUAAUUUUGAAUUUAUUCAUCAAGUAGCUACUAUUCUUAGUUCACUUGCUAGUAUGGGAUGGGCCAUGGCCAGUUAUCACCGUAGCAUUAGAUUAGUUCAACAGGAUAAACUGAAUAUUGGAAUUACAGGAACGGUUUUACAAUUUCUGUGGCACUUCUGUACAACAGUUUCAAGGAUAUUGUCCUUAAGUGUUGUCGCAAGUAUUUGGCCCAUAUACACAGCAAUUGGUUGUGUUAUUCAUUGGAUAGGUAUGACUGGUUGGAUCAUUGUCGAUUCACGUGGUAUAUUAGAAUUCUGUAGAGAUUACAAUCAUGCACCGCAUUGUCCUCCAAAAUUUAAGGAACGCAUUUAUUCUGUUUUGUUUUCCAUAGUAAUUGGCGUUGUUCACGUGUUCAUAUAUUUAAAUGCAGUGGAUGGUAGUACACUCUUUAAACAUGUAUCUUUUUACACAAUUUGUUUUCUUGAAAAUAUAACAGCAACUAUAUUUUGGAUACACGCUUCGUCUGACGAAGUUAAACAUGCAUGGUACUUUAAUGUACUGGUCGUCUUUUGCAUUUUACCUUUCUUGAUUGGCAUAACAGCCAUGGUUGUUUAUUACUGUGUAUUUCAUCCUUCCUUUAAACAUCUAAAUUCUGUAAAUACAUCAUCGUAA